AUGCUUGCCCUCGUGAAGAGUUACAGUCGACUGACUUUCAUCAAGAACCUCUCUGUCACGGAGUUGAAUGACACACUGAAGCGGAUGGAAGCUAAGCUGGAUGCUCUCAUGGAGAGUACUCACGACUUUCGAAUCACUUCAGAUGGGCAGUCACGGCUACAGAACCAUCACGAACCGACAGUUGAGAACCCUGACCCGAUGGAGGCAGUCAGUCCGAUGAGCGUAUUCUCGCCUUCCAAGCUGGGAUCGGUCCAGAUCCGCCAGGAACUCGCCAUCCCGGAGAAGCACUACACGGCACCACAGCAUCUUCUCUCCUGGCCUUGUUCUCCGGUCACUCUGACGGAGCUUGAUCUACGAUACCCAGUCGCGUCGGAGAUUCAGCGACCCAAGAUGCGCAGAAGUAGAGCACCCCCACGAUGCCUCGUUGAAAGUUCCUCGCGAGAUGAUGGUUGGCUGUCCAACCUGUCGCUGGCGCAAUUGCGUGACCUAGCCGACUCUUACUUCAGUCACUUCCACCCGCAGUAUCUUGUGUUAGACGAAGACCGAUUCUAUAGCCAUCAUCUCAAUCAAGCUCUCAGAGUGGGGUUUGCUCGCAAUCUUGAUAGCUGCUUGGUGGCACUCGUCCUCUCGCUCGGCUCUGUAGCUGCCUGCCAGACUGGUAAAACAGAAUGGGCCCAGUCCGACUCAACGGAUGCCAUGUUAGAUCACGAGGCUGGUCUCGGGUUCUACACCGUUGCGUGCGAUAUGUUCCGAGAUGUUGAAGAAACCGACUGGGUGAGCGUCCAGUGUCUUUUGCUCAUGGCUCUUUACAACUCAUCAGUCUUGAGAAUUCAUGACUCUUGGAGUUUCAUUCACAAAGCGUGCUCUCUGAUCAUGAUCUUGCUGCCGCUGCAGGCGAAACUUGAAGCGCACCACUGCCAGCUGUACUGGAUUGCGUAUCUGCAAGAAAGCCAAAUUCUUGUCGAGUAUGACUUCCCGCCUAGCGGCUUGAGUAGUCUCGAAAGUGCAGUGCCCUUGCCGCUACUGCCCGACUCUGGCGCAGACUCUCAGGGCAAAGACACGCAAUUCUACUUCUUGGCACUUGUUGCUAUGAGGAGACUCCUAAACCGAAUACACCUUCAUCUGUAUAACAAAGAAAGAGUUCAGCCCCCAUCCCAUUCUAUUCUGGGUGAAUUGAGCCGUCAAAUCGAGGAGUGGAAAGCGUGUCUCCCAGUCGCGCUCCAAUUCGAGACCUUCUCGCUUGUCGAAGAGGUCAGGCUCCUUUCCUCGCAUCCAGUCAGACCAAUGCAACAAAGGUUGAGAGGACACCUGAAGGCACGCUAUUGCGCUGCAAAGACGAUCCUCUACCGUUCUCACGUGCACCGCUGUCUACAUGCCUCGGCAAUCUCUGCUCUAUCCGACGAAGACAUGUUAGGCGCCAAGGUAGCGGUUUCCUCUGCCAUCAUUGGGGUAUUGCAUGGUGGGAUUCUCCAGGAGCCAUUCGGGCUCCUUCUCUUCCCCAUCAACUCUUGGAGAACUCUUUUCGGAAUCGAAAUUCAGAUCAAGUUCAUCCUACGCAAUGAAGAGCUGUCUAAAAUCCUAUUGCCGGAAGGCUGGGAAAUCACACACCAGGCUCGAGAAAUGGCAGCCGGAGCGGCGUCUCGGUUUUCGCCAACGAUUGCGAAGGAUUGUGAGAUUCUUCGCAUGCUGUCUUGA